AUGUCGCGAUUUUUCCACGGAGGCGGAAGCGAUAGCGACAGCAGCUCCUCGGACGAGGAGGAACUCUACAGCGAUCGCGAGGAGGGACAAGACCUUUCCGAUGAUGAUGAGGAGUCGUCCAGCGAAGAAGAGUCCUCGGAUGAGGAGAGCAGCAGCGACUCCGAUGGAGGAGAAGGUGGUGCCUCCAAGUUCUUCAAGCAUGAUGCUGGCGCUGCUGGAGAUGACAGUGACGAAAGUGACGAUGACGAUCGAGUUACGAUUGUAAAGAGUGCGAAGGACAAGAGGUUAGAGGAGCUCGAGCAGACGAUUCGGCUGAUUGAGAAUGCGGAGAAGAUCAACGAUUGGGCGGUAAUUUCGACCGAGUUCGAUAAGCUUAAUCGGCAGAUUGUGAAAAUCGCUCAGUCGGGAUCUACGCCUAAGAUCUAUAUCAAAGCAAUCGCCGAUCUUGAGGAUUUUAUGAACGAGACCAUCACGGAGCAGAAAUCAUCGACCAAGAAAAUGAACGCAAGUAAUGCUAAGGGUUUUAAUGCCGUUAAACAGCGUAUCAAAAAGAAUAACAAGGAAUAUGCUGUGGAGAUCGAUAAAUAUCGUGCGAACAAGAAGGAUUACAUGGUUGAGGAAGAGGAAGAAGAGGUUGUUGAGAAGAAGGAUAAACCUCGCGCCUUACGGCCGGAGGAUCUGUUGGGUGGUGAUGAAGAGGGUUUUGCGAUUGUUGGCCGCGGCGGAAGGACGUUGCAGUAUACUCCCGAGAGCAUCCUCAAGCACCUACGGCUUAUCGUCGAGUCGAGAGGAAAGAAGAACACCGACCGUCUUGAGCAGAUCAAAAUUAUGGAAAGGUUACAAGAGGUUGCCACGACUCCGUAUCAGUCCAUCCGCGUUCUGCUGACUCUCAUCUCUACUCGAUUCGAUCUUACCUCCUCCUCUACCGCAAACUACAUGAGCACAGAACAAUGGAAACUCGCCGUACAAGAACUGGAAACGCUGAUUUCUACCCUUGAAGAGCACCCCGAGUUCAUUGUCACUGAAGGUGCAGAAGAGUGGGAAGAUGAUGAGAAACAGCCUCAGCUUGCUCCUGGCGAAACCCUCAAAGUACCUGGAAGUGUUGUAUCUUUCGUGGAGCGGCUAGAUGAUGAACUUACUCGAUCGCUUCAGCACAUCGAUCCUCAUACCGCAGAAUAUAUCGAAAGACUCAGCGAUGAGCAAUCACUGUAUAACAAUAUUGUACGGACGUUGCUCUACGUUGAAAUACUGAACAAGGCCGAGAAGACUGAAGCCCGCCAAGAGAGCGUGAACAGAGUGUUGAUGAGGCGCUUGGAGCAUGUUUACUUCAAACCAUCUCAAGUUGUCAAUAUCCUUGAAGAGAACACUUGGACAACACUCCCAGCGAAGCUUGACUCGAACAUCACUCCCCGCAAGAACGGCACCACCGAUGUUCCUGCACUUGUUCAAACUCUCUGCAACUACCUCUUCGCGCAUAGCGAUGGUAUUAUCCGCGCCAGGGCUAUGUUGUGUCAGAUAUACUUUCUUGCACUCCACGAUCAAUACCACCGUGCCCGCGAUCUAAUGCUCAUGUCUCAUCUCACAGAAAACAUUUCCAACUUUGAUGUCAGCACCCAAAUCCUCUUUAACCGAACACUUGUGCAGAUCGGUCUCUGUGCGUUCCGCGCAGGACUAAUCUACGAAGCGCAAAACACUCUUUCCGAAGUCUGUGGCAGUGGCAGACAAAAGGAGUUGUUGGCUCAAGGUAUCAUCAUGCAGCGCUAUUCGUCCGUAUCCCCGGAACAAGAGAAACUCGAACGCCAACGCCAACUUCCCUUCCACAUGCACAUCAACCUGGAACUGCUCGAGUGCAUCUACCUCACGUCAAGCAUGUUCCUCGAAGUUCCCCUGAUGGCGCAAACCUCCUCGUCCCCCGAAUUGAAGCGGCGCAUCAUCUCCAAGACCUUCCGACGCAUGCUCGACUACAACGAGCGCCAAGUUUUUAAUGGACCACCCGAAAACACUCGCGACGGUGUCAUCAUGAGCGCCAAAGCGCUCGCUGCAGGCGAUUGGAAGAAGGCCGCAGCAACCCUAAACUCCAUCAAGAUCUGGGACCUGAUGGCGCAACCGGAAAAAAUAAAGACAAUGCUCGGCGAGCAGAUCCAGGAAGAGGGGCUGCGUACUUACCUCUUCACCUACGCCCCGUACUACGACUCCCUCUCCAUCUCCACUCUCGCAGACAUGUUCGACCUGUCACCCAAGAAGAUCGCCGCUAUUGUCAGCCGUAUGAUAUCGCACGAAGAGCUGGCCGCCGCCCUCGACCAGGUCAAUGACGCUAUCAUCUUCCGCAAGGGCGUUGAGCUGUCCAGACUUCAGAACCAGAUAGUUACGUUGGCGGACAAGUCCAUGUCGCUGCUUGAGGCUAAUGAGAAAACCCUUGAACAGCGGACGCAGGGCAUGGCCAAUGCGUUCCAGCGCGAUUCGGGACAUGGUGGUCGUGGUGCAAGAAGUGGUGGUCGCGGUGGACGUGGUGGUGCUGGUCGUGGAGGAGGUUCUGGUGGUGGAUUGCCACGGAGACCCGGCGGGCAACAAUUCGGUGGUGGAGCUUUGGGAGGAGCGAUCAAAGCAUAG